AUGGCAGAGUUGUUCUCCAGUCAGAACAUCAACGGCGUCUUCAUUCCCUCCGGCCUUCUCGUCUUCGGGACGCUGAUUGUGAAGAGAGAAUGGGUGCCCUAUGCUUUCAUUCUGGCUGCGCUGCUGUCGGGUUUUAAGUUGUUGAAAAGCCAAGCAAAGCCGGUUCUCAAGCCUACGGAGCUCCAAGACUUUGAACUGACAGAGAAGACCAUCAUCUCCCACAAUGUUGCAAUCUACCGAUUCAAGCUCCCCACUGAGAAAUCGAUUCUGGGCCUCCCAAUCGGCCAGCACAUCUCCAUCGCAGCAACCCUGAAGCAACCUGAUGGCACCUCCAAAGAAAUUGUCCGUUCUUACACCCCCAUCUCAGGCGACCACCAACCUGGGUUCUUCGAUCUCCUCAUCAAGUCUUACCCCACCGGUAACAUCUCCAAACACAUGGCCUCUCUUGUUGUUGGACAGACAAUCAAGGUUAAAGGACCCAAGGGCGCAAUGGUCUACACGCCCAACAUGGUACGCCACUUCGGGAUGAUCGCAGGAGGAACAGGUAUCACGCCCAUGCUGCAGAUUAUUCGCGCUGUGAUCCGUGGCCGCCUUACUGGCGAUGUAACGAAGAUCGACCUCGUAUUCGCGAACGUCAACUCCGAGGAUAUUCUGCUCAAGGAGGACCUGGAUCAGCUGGCUAAGGAGGACAAGGAUUUCAACGUCCAUUACGUGCUGAACAACCCGCCCGAGAACUGGGAUGGCGGUGUAGGCUUUGUGACGCCUGAGAUGAUGACUAAAUGGCUCCCUAAGCCAGCAAAGGAUGUCAAGCUGCUGCUAUGCGGCCCUCCUCCCAUGAUAUCUGCCAUGAAGAAGAACGCGGUCGAACUGGGCUUCGAGAAGGCUAGGCCGGUAUCGAAGUUGGAGGACCAAGUCUUCGCUUUUUAA